UAGCAGACACAAAGCAUCCGUCUUAUACGAUACGUAGUAUAUGUAGAAUGGAGGUGUGUAAACUCUGGCUGAUGGCGGAUCUGUGUAUCUUCUCAACUUUAAUGAUUGUCAACACAUCAGAUGACGGUUAUCAGCAAAAACAACGAUUUGGUGGCUUUCAAGUAUACCAGUCGAACACGUCGGAUUGGGUGAACGGUUACCUUUGCCAUAAAGACACAACACCAACGGCGGUUGAAUUGUCAUUGUCUCCCAAUAUCCCAUGUACAGGCAGCGUCCAGUACCUGACGAUAUACAGCAACAGAUCGUCAGGAGGUCUAGAGUGGUACUCUAAAACUGCUUUUCUAGAGCUUUGCGAGGUAGAAGUGUACGGUUGUCCACUUGGGAAAUAUGGUGAUGGUAAUUGUGAUUCAGAUUGUGAUGUAGGGUGUGGCAAUAGACUGUGUGAUCCAGUGACCGGAAAAUGUGCAUACUGUGCUGAUGGAUACUUUCGGCCUGGAUCUUUAUGCAUAGAAUGCCCCUCAAACUGUUAUGCUAACGCAUGCAAUGUAGAAUCCGGUGUUUGUUCCGCGUGUGCUCCCGGGUAUUAUGGCAGCCAUUGUAAUCAGACCUGUCCGUUCAACUGUAAAGACAUCCGAUGUAUGCAAAGCAAUGGAGAGUGUGAAGACUGAGGAUGGAUUCUUCGGAUUGUCCUGUGAUA